AUGAAGGAGAACCAGAAACACAUCUACUACAUCACUGGUGACAACAGAGAACAAGUCAGCAACUCCUCAUUCGUCGAGCGUGGCAAGAAGCGCGGAUUGGAGGUCAUCUUCAUGACUGAGCCCAUUGAUGAGUACGUCGUCCAGCAGCUCAAGGAAUACGAUGGCAAGCAGCUCGUCUCCGUCACCAAGGAGGGUCUGGAACUCCCCGAAGAUGAUGGAGAAACCAAGAAACGCGAGAGCGACAAGGCCAAAUUCGAGGGUCUCUGCAAAAUCAUAAAGGACAUCUUGGACUUCGCUCUUCAACAAACCAGCCCUACACUUGGGGGCCAGCAAGGCCAGCAAAAUAUUUCGAUCGUAGCGUCUUCAGUCGGGAAUCUUCGCAGUCACAAGGCUCAACUGCAUUCUUUGGUUCAAGCCAAGUCUUCCGUUAUCGUCGAUGUCCUUUACCGACCGGAAUACCUUUUCCAGCCUGGCACGGAAGCACAGAAAAAGUGUGACAAUGGCGGAUUCAUUCGCAGGUAA